AUGACGGUUCCAUGGGGAGGUAUCAGUUGUUGUUUGAGUGCGGCUGCCCUCUAUUUGCUCGGCAGAAGCAGCGGCAGGGAUGCCGAAGCACUUAGGUCCGUCACGAGAGUCAAUCAGCUGAAGGAAUUAGCAAAACUAUUCGAUGUCGAGAACAAAGUCCUGCCUCUGGUUGUUGCGAUAUCAGGAAGAGUUGGAGCUGAGACACCAAUAAAUUGCGAGCACAGUGGCCUGAGAGGUGUUAUAGUGGAGGAGACGGCUGAACAACAUUUUCUUAAGCAUAAUGAUUCUGGUUCUUGGAUUCAAGAUUCGGCCUUGAUGCUAUCAAUGAGUAAAGAGGUGCCAUGGUACCUGGAUGAUGGAACCGAUCGUGUAUUUGUUCUCGGGGCCCGUGGUGCCUCUGGUUUUGUGUUGACUGUGGCAAGUGAAGUCUUUGAAGAGUCAGGACGGUCGCUUGUACGUGGAACACUAGAUUAUCUUCAAGGCCUGAAGAUGCUUGGAGUGAAGCGAAUUGAGCGAGUACUUCCAACUGGUACCUCAUUGACUGUAGUUGGCGAGGCUGUCAAAGAUGAUAUCGGGAAAGUUCGGGUUCAGCGUCCGCAUAAAGGUCCUUUUUAUGUAUCUCCAAAGACCAUUGAUGAACUCAUUGGCAAUCUGGGGAAGUGGGCAAGGUGGUAUAAGUAUGCCUCAAUGGGGUUGACAGUGUUUGGUGCUUUUCUGAUUGCUAAGCAAGCCAUAGAUUAUAUCAUGGAGAGAAAGCAACGUUUGGAGAUGCAGAAUAGAGUACUUGCUGCUGCUGCAAAAAGAUCAGGCAAUCAAGAUGGUGAAGGUGCAAAUGGAGUGGCUGAGAAUGGAGCAGAUGGUUCUAAGAGAGAACGUCCCAUUCCAGAUAUAUGCGUAAUAUGUCUCGAGCACGAGUACAAUGCUGUGUUUCUCCCGUGUGGGCAUAUGUGCUGUUGUACAACUUGCUCUUCACAUCUCACCAACUGCCCACUUUGCCGGAGACGGAUAGAACAGGUGGUUAAGACCUUCCGCCACUGA